GGUCACAUUACACUUUUCUGUGACUGUGGUUAACAAACAAAUAGAUUUAUUAGACAGAAAUCUUCGUUUUUUUCUUAAAAUUCUUGUUUUCUCGCAUUCUAGUGUUAUUAAUUUUUACUACGGUCGCAUAAUCAAGCAGAAAAACUGGAUCGCGAACAAUGAUGGACUCGGACUCGUCCGGUGCGGAUUUCUGUAGAUUCUGUAGAUCUGAAGCUUCGUCCGAUCGACCCUUGUUUCAUCCUUGCAUAUGCACAGGCUCUAUAAAGUGGAUUCAUCAGGAGUGUCUUGUACAAUGGAUGCGAUACUCAAGGAAGGAAAUAUGCGAAUUGUGUGGUCACCGGUUUUCAUUUAUGCCGAUUUACUCACCUGACAUGCCGAGACGGUUACCACUUCGUGAUGUUGUCGGUGGUCUAGUGACAUCGGUCGCAUCUGCUGUAAAAGAUUGGCUACAUUAUACCUUGGUUGCACUAGCCUGGCUCGGUAUAGUGCCUCUCACCGCCUGUCGUACUUAUAGAUGCUUGUUCUCGGGAUCUCUAGACCCUGUGAUAUCACUACCUUUUGACAUAGUUUCAGCUGAGAAUCUAGCUAAAGACGUUUUCUCUGGAUGCUUUGUUGUGACAUGUACUUUGUUUUCGUUUAUUGGAUUGGUCUGGUUGAGAGAACAAAUUAUGCAUGGUGGUGGUCCAGACUGGAUGGAGAGAGAAAACCUACCUGCCCCUGCAGCUGAAGAUAUUCCUUUGCAAGAUAAUAACAAUGAUCAUGUUAAUGAGGGUGCAGGAGAUGAUGGAGGGGGACGUGAAGAGCCUAAUGGAGAAGUGGGUGAUGAUCCAUUAGUAGGUGAUGAAGCAAACUGGAAUCCUAUGGAAUGGGAUAGAGCAGCAGCUGAAGAGUUAACCUGGGCACGUUUACUUGGUCUGGAUGGAUCUAUGGUGUUUUUAGAACAUGUGUUCUGGGUUGUGUCUUUGAACACAUUGUUUAUUGUUGUGUUCGCAUUUUGCCCAUAUCACAUUGGCAAGUCAGGUGCUGCAUUAGCUGGAUUAAAUGCUGAUGGGCCGUUUGCUGGUCUACUAACAGCUCUAUCUGGAUAUGUUAUUGUGGGAGCUAUACUGGCAAUCUUGCAUGGCUUGGCAUCAUUGCUCAGAUUAAGAAGUGCAAAGAAGGCAUUAGGAUUUUGUUAUGUGGUUGUGAAAGUAGCGCUGUUGUCUGUUAUUGAGAUUGGUGUAAUACCACUCGUCUGUGGCUGGUGGUUGGAUCUCUGUUCGCUAUCAAUGUUUGAUGCUACACUCAAGGACCGGGAAAUAAGUCUCCAUGCUGCACCCUGGACACUCAUGUUCAUACACUGGCUUGUCGGCAUGGUCUAUGUGUACUACUUUGCAUCAUUCAUACUAUUACUGAGAGAAGUAUUGCGUCCUGGUGUACUGUGGUUCUUGAAGAACUUGAAUGACCCUGAUUUUAGUCCUGUGCAGGAGAUGAUUCACCUGUCAGUGUGGUCUCAUAUACGUCGGCUCGUCGUGUCAGCGAUGGUUUUUGGUACGGCUGUGCUGUUCAUGCUGUGGUUGCCCAUCAGGGUUAUUAAAUAUGUUCUGCCUGGGUUCCUGCCAUACGCUGUUGCCGUUCACACCGAGGCGCCGGUCAAUGAACUCAGCUUAGAAUUGUUAUUGCUUCAGGUGAUCCUGCCGGCGUUGUUGGAGCAGUCGCACACGCGCACGUGGCUGAAGAGUGGGCUGCGCGCGUGGUUCGCGUGCGCGGCGGGCGCGCUGGGCCUGCGCUCGUACCUGCUGGGCGAGGCGGCGCGCGACGCCGACCCGCACCCCGCGCCGCACCCGCCGCCGCACGCGCCGCACCAGCUCGGCGCCGCGCACCAGGCGCUGAUGUGGCGCGACGGGCCGGCGGGCUUCGAGCCGUACGUGCGCGUGUCGUGGUUCCCGGUGCGGCUGGGCGCACUGCUGGCGCUCGUGUCCGUGUCGCUGGUGAUGGCCAGCGCGCUCACGCUCGUAAUACCAGUAGCAAUAGGUAGAAAAGUAAUGGCGAUAUGGUUACCCAAAGCGUCUGAAGGCGUGCACGAACUCUACACGGCGGCCUGUGGCAUGUACGUGUGCUGGGCGGCGGGGCGCGGCGGCGCGCUGGCGGCGGGCUGGGCGCGCGGCGGGCGCGCGGCGCUGCUGGCGCGCGCGGCGCUGUGGGCGCGCCGGGCCGCGCGCGCCGCGCUCGCUGCGCUCGCUCUCCUCGGCCUCGUGCCGCUCAUGUUCGGCCUGCUGCUGGAGCUCGUGUUGGUGAUCCCGCUCCGAGUGCCGCUCGAGCAGUCGCCUGUGCUGUUCGUGUGGCAAGAUUGGGCGUUGGGCGUGCUCUAUACGAAGAUAGUGUGCGCGCUCACUAUGAUGGGUCCAGAUUGGAGCAUGAGACGCGCCAUAGAAAAAGCGUAUAGAGAUGGCAUUAGAGAAAUGGAUUUGAAGUUCAUCCUUCGCUCGGUGGCGGCGCCGCUGGUGCGCUGGCUGGGGCUGGCGCUGGCGGUGCCGUACGCGUUGGCGCACAGCGUGGCUCCGCUGCUGGUGAGCGCGCCGGCGCAGCGCAACCUGCUGGCGCGCCGCGUGUACCCCGCGCUGCUGCUGCUGGCGCUCUUCGCCGCGCUCGCGCUCUUCCAGAUUCGUCAGUUCAGAAAACUCUAUGAGCAUAUAAAGAACGACAAAUACCUCGUGGGUCAAAGGCUGGUCAACUAUGACCAUCGGCGGCAUAAACAACAACAACAGAGCACCGUCGCUUCAAGUAACUAGAAAGAGAUAGCAACAUUGAUGUGACCAAGCGUGUGACAGAGACAGCUAUAUUCUUCUUCUAUGCUCUUGUGAUACUGUCAUGUGAAUUUUAGAAUAAGGUAGGACUUUUAGUCUAAUUAAACACGGCUUGAAGACUUUACUUUGGUCUUUUUUUUGUGAAUAUGAUCAAAAAUGUGAUAAAGGAAUUAAUAAGUACGGUAUCAGGUAUGGUACUGCUCGUUGAACAGAUAAUAAAAGCAAUAUUAAAUAUUGUUAAAAGUGACAUUAUUGCCUGCAAUUUUUAUUGUAUAAAAGAUUUUAAUCACAAUUUUUUCUACCACUAAUUAGUGUGCAAUAUUUUCGAAGUCUAAUGCAUCUUCAUACAACACAUCGGUCUUAGUCAUUUUAAUUUAUUAAAGUAACAAGAGCUAUGUAUUUUUAUAAAAGAUCGUAUCUCUUGUAUUUCUUUCUAUUAAUGAAUAAUGUACCUUCUUUUGAAUUCUAAAUUUUUCAUAUAAUAUAGAACAAAAAACUUAAUGAUCAAAAUAUUGGAUUAUAUUUCAGUAAUGUUUUAGCCAAUAAAAUAAUCAAAAUUAAAAUAUAUUUAAUGAUAUAAACAGUACAUACAAAUGUUUUAAUUACGACGAGAUUUUAUAAUUCGACACAUAAUUUUGAAUAAUAUUAUAUAAAAAAAAAAAACAAUUUAUAUUAUAAUAUCAUGUUUGCAUGUUCUUUGUUUAUGAUCAAUUUGAGCAUUAAAUACCUUAGUUUAAUUAUAGUAUUCAAUGUUUGUUCUACACAUAUGUAAUGUCCUUAUACAUGAGAGUUCAACAUAAUUGCUAUGUAUUUUGCUAUUAAGAUAACAUUUAUCAUGAUUGUUAUGAGUUUCUUGGAUAUUUUUAUCUGUGUGCCAGAGUACAAAUUGAAAACGGAAAACUAAACUGAAUAUAGACUCUAUUCUUAUAUGCUUAAGGUGUAAAGUUAAAUGACGUGUCUGCGUGUAAUGUAUCGACCAAUGAGAGUUGAUUCUUAACGCGUGAUCGUUUCUAUUGGUAAAUGAAAAUGUAUCCAGGUAACUUAUGAAAAUUGUAGUAAUGUAUCUGAUAUUAAAUCAUGGCAAGAAAUAAUCUGUACUAACAUUAUUAAUACGAAAGUCCUUUAACGCUUUCAACGCUAAACCAAUUAACUGAUUUUGAUAAAACUACAUUUUUUUACCUAAUACUCGCCCCUCUCCCACUAGCAAUGGAAGCCGCUGGCGAAUACUAGUUAGUUAUAAUUUUUCCUAAAAAAUGUUUAUGUAUUUAGCUAAAAUUUGUUAUAAUAUAGUCUAAAUAGAUAUUUAGAGUAAAGUACAAUCCGUGACAUAAAUGAUUCAUUCGCUGAUUCGAUAAAUUUCACAAAUCCGUCCCAUAAACUAAAGCAUAUGAUAAUGCUGCGUAAUAUAUGAACAUCACUUAACACUCACUCACUCACUUAAGAACAUCACUCAUCAAAAAUAAUACGAAUACUUAAUUGAUCUAAAUACUUCAUUUUAAAUUGAGAUAAUUAUUGAUGUUUUUAUUCUAAUAUUGCAACAUAAAAUUUUGUUCAUAAAACCACAUUAUAUUAAUAUAUAGUCCAAUAUUUUGUUCCAUUGUAUUUUAAAAAAAAAUAUUCAAAUGAUUAAUAAUUUUAUAAAGCACAUAGUAAUUUUAAUAAAUAAAAAUGUUCAUUUACUUUGCCAUCAAUAUUUCGUUUUAGUCAUACUACAGACUAUUCUAGUACAGGCAUAAAUUAAAUUAUAUUCUUUCAACAAACAAUAUAAUAAGAAAACACAGAUACAGGUACUUUAUGGCACCAUUUUCUUGACUUAAAUAAUUAAAUCGCAGUGUGUAUUUUAAAUUAUCAUAUUUUAAACUUAAAUCUCAUUUAUAAAGUUUAUUAUGAGUAUUCUAACUUAAAACAUGUUUUGUCUUAGUCAUAUAAUGAUUAGAAUUAGUAUGAAGGAAGAAGACAACAUAUAUUUUAGUUUAUCAUGCUUAAUAGACGUUUCUGAAUGAUAGGGUAUAUUUCAAAUAUUAGAUAGAUAUUUUUUUUUUUAAUUUAUUGUAAUGCUAUUUAGGAUUUUCUAUCUUUUUAAUUCAUCAAAAGGAAUACGAAUCGUGUGUAGGUUAAAUUUAAAAAUGAAAUAAAAUUCAUCGAUAUUGCUUGCAGAAAUAAAGUAAUUUUGAAUUCCGUAGAUUGUUAAGUAGUUUUAUUCUUUAUUUAUUAAUAUACUGCUCAAUAUUCUAUUAAUAUUGUCUUGUUCUGUUCGUCUAUAACUUAAAAAAUUUGCCAAAUUCUAUAGCAAUUUUAAAAAACAUCUUCCAAAGGAUGUGGCAACACCAUAGGUUUUUUAGUAAUUGUAAUUUUUUCUUCUGGCAUCAUUUGAUGACUAAUUACAAUAUAGAUUUUAAAUAAAGAUGUCAUUAAAUUACAAUAUAAUAAAUGAAUGAAUUUAACUUAAGUAUUUCAUCCGAUUUUUUUAAAGGUUUAAAAUGCUCUUGUAUAAGUAAUUUGAUUUUAAUUUCUUGUGUUCUCAUGUACCGUUUUUUUUAUAUUAAAAAUUAUAAAUGAAAAUAUAAUUGGUUGCGGAGGAAGGUUGACGUGGAUAAAUGAUUUGUAGAUGGAGAAAGUUAAUUUGUAAACCAAUAAAGGGUUAUUGAA